CAAAAACCGCGUUUUCCCUUCCGCCCAGGAAGGGGAAUCGGAUUCGCGUCGCCAAUUCCACGAAACCUCUCUCUCUCUCUCUCUCAGGGUUAGGGUUAGGGUUUCUCGACCCUUCCUCGCGGAGGUCGAUGUCGACCGUAGCCGCGCCGCCACCCGGUCUCCGCCGAGUCCCCGUCGUCCGAAGUGGACCUCGGAGCCGAUUCGCGAGAAGAUUCGUCUUCCCAGUGAUGAAAGGUGGUUCAAUGGUUCCAUGUAAUAAUGGGAAAGAGGAGCCUGCCAAUGGCGGACUUAACAAUAAUGAAAGAGUUCCUCAUCUUAGGAUAUCUUCAGAUCAACCUGAUAUGGUGCCUCGCUUGGAGAUCCAAUCUGAUCCCUCCAAUCUCCGUUUUGACCGUCGGCAGCUUUCAGAUGAAGAAUGCGAUUCCAGGCAGCGAAGAUUUUUCGGGCGGUUUGUUGCCCGAGAGGCCAUACUUGAUGAAGAAUACUGGACGGCAGCAUGGUUGAGGGCCGAAAGUCAUUGGGAAGAUCAGCCAGAUGUUCGCUAUGUUGACUCCUUUAAGAGGAAGUUUGCAGAGCAGGAAUUUAAUGCUCUGAAGAAGCGGUGUACUGGGCAGCAUGCAGAGAAGUGCAUCUGCAUAGUUGGGGUGAAAAAUGACGAGAAAAACAGCAAACGGACUGUAUUGAGCAGCAUCGUUGGGACGUUGGAUGUUAGAAUAAGGCAUCUUUUACAAGGGGAGACAUUUCCUGGGGAGUGUGGAAAAGCUUCAUUUACCUGUUGCAUCUAUGAGGCAAAUCAGCCAAAAUACGGCUACGUGUCCAACUUAUGCGUCGCGAAGUACACACGGCGUCAUGGAAUUGCGAGCAACAUGCUGUUGUUGGCUAUAGAUAUAGCCAAAUCAUAUGGUGCCGAUAAGGUUUACGUCCAUGUGAAUAAAAAUAACAUGGGAGCUCAGAAACUGUAUGAUAAAAUUGGUUUCAAGAUGGUUGACAUUGCUGCACCGGUUCCGCCAACAGUGAACUACUUACUAUCCUUAGCGACUUAAAACUAGUUUUCUUCCUGAGUGGUUUUUUCCUCAUCCUCUUGUACAGAGGUGGCAUUUCCCCCAAGAGGGUUUCGUUUUAGACAUCCCCUCCCCUUUGUAAUUCAACGAAUCAGGUGUGGUGGGAAAUCCAAAAUAUUGAAACUGUUGUCAUUUUAGUCGGGAGAACAAAAAAAAAAAGAAAAAGAAAAAAGAAAAGGAAAAGAAAAAGAACCUGCGGUGCAUACAAUACGUGUAUCCCUGUAACAAACUGAAAUGCAUCUAUAUCUUUCGCUGAGAUGCUAAAAGAAAAUGAAACACCUGUUUUUUUUUUUUCCCCUC